AUGUCGACCGGCAAGAACAUCCGCGCGACCAAGCGCUUCAUCACCGGCCACGACAAGGACGGCCGAGAAAUCUUCCACGACGAGGUGCCCGAUGAUGCGCCCAUGUACUCGCUCCCUGGAGAUGCCGACUUCGCGCUCUGCUAUGCGACCAAGGGCUACCCAAUCGACAUGUCGGACAACAAGGACAUCGCCACGUACCAAAACUACCUGACGAAUCUGCCGGGCAUCACGAUAUCGGGCGGGUCGGUGCUGCGCAUGGUUGAUAUGCAUCCUGGGGCGACGUCGCCCAUGCACCGCACCGUCAGCUUGGACUACGGCGUCGUGCUCGAGGGCGAAAUCGAGCUGAUUCUGGACUCGGGCGAGAAGAGAGUCAUGAAGAGGGGCGACAUCAGCAUCCAGCGCGGCACGAACCACGCGUGGCGGAACAUGAGCGAGACGGAGUGGGCGCGCAUGCUUUACAUUCUGCUGCCGGUGCAGCCUAUUAAGAUUGGCGACAAGGUGCUGGGCGAGGACAGCAACAUUCCGGGCGUCAGGGCGUCGGACUAG